AUGAAUCGAAACGGCGGUCACCAGCACUCGCGAAACAACCGACGCUCAAAUGGCGGUCCUAAUGGCAAUGGGGGCCCGUCUCCGUCCAAAUGGCAGGAGUUUCGAGCUUCCCACCAGAAUCCAGAACAUGAAAUGAACGAAGGUCGAAAGCCGAAUUUUGUUCCUGAAAGCGUCGAUUUCAUUCCAGGACAACGCAUGUUCGGAACCGUCGAAAAAAUGAUGAAUUCGUACGGCUUCAUCGACGUCCUGGAUCGAAAAGGCCGCGUUUUUUUCCACUUUUCCCAGUACAAAAACGGAGGGAACGAGCCAUUGCGCGUCCACGACGAGGUCGAGUUCGAAAUGAUGAUCGACGAUCGGAACAGUCGCGUCGUCGCUUCCAAAGUUGUCCGGCUUCCUCGAGGAACAAUUGAGUACGAAACCCUUUCGCCAGAGAGAAUUUGUGGCUACGUCGCUGCGCCGCCUACUAGAGCUCAUCCGGGCUCGUUGACCUACUCGACCGGUGGAGAGUACUUCUUCAUCCCCUUUUUCUACAACGAUGUUGUUCCGGAAACACCGUUGUUCAAAAACGAUGAAGUGUCGUUCUUCAUUUCCACGAAUAAACGGACGAAAUCGCUUUCUGCAAAGAAAGUUACUGUUGUCGCGCGAUCCCAAGCUCCGAAGCGUUUCAGGGGACGAGUCAGUGGAAUGAAGGAUUCGUUCGGUUUCAUCAAGCGCGCGGAAGUGGCCGUGGAAAUUUUCUUUCACUACUCUCAGGUAGCUGCCGAUGUUCCAGAUCUACGAGUCGGGAACGACGUAGAAUUCUCCAUCGAGAAUCGCAAGGACAAGGAAGUCGCUGUCAACGUCACCCUCCUUCCCGACGGCUCCGUUGUUUUCGACGACAUUUCGGAAAAGAUCCUUUCUGGUCGAUUGUUGACGAUUCCAACAAACAAGCGCGAUGAAGGCAAAAUCGAGUGCACUUCGGACGGCAAAAUUUACGCUUUCGCCGAGGCCGAUCGAGACGGAAACGCCUACACCGUCCAGGAAAACGACAUUGUCCGCUUUUUGAUCGCCACUGAUCGACGGGAUCAUUCAAAGCGAGCAGUUUCGAUUCAACUGGACAUUGACGCCACGAAAGCCGAGAAAAAUGAAGAGCGCGAAACUGGAAUCGUCGCGGCGGUGAAAGUUCUUGAAGGAUUCGGAUUCAUCAAGUGCCAAUCGCGCGAAAAUCGCAUGUUCUUUCACUGCUCGGAAAUAAUCGACGCUCAGCACAGGGUGAAAAUGUCCGACGAGGUUGAAUUUACGGUCAUGCCGGACACGAUGGUCAACUCGAAGCCGCGGCUACACGCGACCAGGAUCAAGAUCUUGCCAAAGGGAUCUGUCCAUUUUAGCACUCUAUCUAAUCAGCUCUACAACGGCGUCAUCUGCGGCGAGAAGUCGAUCAAGUCGGACGCUUUUCCCGACCUCGUCGAAAUGGAAGAAGCUCUUGACGAUCUCGCAGAAGGCGAAAGCGUUGCCUUCCGAAUCCGCGAGAACAAACGAACGGACGAGCGAAUCGCCGUCGAAGUUCGCUCGCUCAAGCGCGAUCUUCGCUACGGAACUGUCAUUCUCAAGAAGGACAGCUACGGCUUCAUCGAAUCCGAAGAUCACUGCAAGGAGAUUUUCUUCCACUACUCGGAAAUCGUUUCUGAAUCGGACCAGAUUACUCUUGGCAGCACGGUCGAGUACUCGGAGAAUUUGAAGGACAACAAACUUUGCGCCGUCGGAAUCAAGAUUUCCAAGAAGGACUUGUCUGCUGAUGAAGAUGUCUCGCAACAGGUCCUCAGCGGAAUCGUCAAACAAGAGCUCAAAUCAUCAAACCAAUCAUACGGUGGCGUCAUCGACAUCACCGAGGCAGAAGGAACAACUGAACUUUCCUCCGUUCGAUUUUCCUCGACGAGCAUGGCGGAAAAGCGCACUUUCAACCAAAAUGAUCCGGUUUGCUUCCAGCUGGCGACGCACAAGAAAACUGGCGACAUUCGAGCUGUGAAUGUUCAAUUAAAACGGAAGCAGCAACAAUCUACAAUCGAGUCGAUCAAGGGCGAGUACGGAUUCAUCAACUACCAGGAAGGCGAAGGAGACAGCAAGAACGUCUUCUUCCACGCAACAAAUCUCAUUGAUGUGGCAAUCGCAGACUUGGGCGUCGGUGAUGUCGUGAAAUUCUCUGUGAUUCACAACAAACGCUCUGGAAACACCUGCGCUGCUGGAAUUCGUCUUAUCAAAAAAGCGCCAAAGACGGAAAUCACUGCGAAAGAGCCGGUGUCGAAGGACUCGCCCGCCCGGCCGGAGAGACUGAAGAUGAAGCUCUCUAGAAACUCGGAGAGCAAGGAAGAUAGUCCGGUUAUUCGGCAGCCAAAGGGCCCUGAGGCAGCUGGAGUCAAGGGCUUUGGUCGCCAGAUGUCUCGAAGUACCACAGAAGAAAAUGGAACAGGAGAGCCAGACUCUGUGGCGGAGAUGGAAACUCUGGAGACAGAAGAAGUCGUUUCCUGCGAAAUUGAAGCAGCCGCUGUUUCUGAAGAAUGA